AUUGCGAUUUUUUCCCCAGAAUUGUGGCGAAUAGAUGACCAGAUAGAGAACCACAAAGAAAGUCAAGACAAAUCUCUGUGGCAAGUUGCAUUCAUAGAGAAGGAAACACUGAAGGAUAAAAAUAGCCAAGAAUCCAGUAUAUGCAGAAAAAUCAUUUUUCCGAGCACAGACUUUAUUUCUAUAAAACAAAAGCUCCCUAAAUAUUAUACAUGGGGAAGGUGUUCAAAACAUAAUUUAAACUUUCCUAAUCAAAAUAGAAAUUCUAUAAGAAAGAAGGAAGGUGAAUGUAAGGCACAUUGGCAAUCAUGCUUCCAUUCUAAUCUUGAUAAAGCUCAACCUGAAGAGAAAUUCUUUGAACUUAAUCAACAUGGAGAAGGCCUUCACCAUACAGAAGCCCUUAAUAAAAGUCAGAGAAUUCAAAAUGGUGAGAAACCUUAUGAAUGUUCUGAUUGUGGAAAAGUGUUUAUCCAGAAAGCAAACCUUGUUGUACAUCGAAGAAUUCAUACUGGAGAGAAACCUUAUGCUUGUUGUGAAUGUGCAAAAACCUUCAGUCAAAAGUCAACCCUCAUCGCUCACCAGCAAACUCAUACAGGGGAGAAACCCUAUAAGUGCAGUGAAUGUGGAAAAACCUUUAUUCAGAAGUCAACUCUGAUUAAACAUCAGCGAACUCAUACAGGAGAGAAACCAUUUGUAUGCAGUGAAUGUGCAAAAGCCUUUAAGAGUUCAUAUCACCUAAUUAGACAUAAGAAAACACACAUUAGACAAACAUUUUAUAAAGGUAUCAAAUGUGGUAAGUCCAGUCUUAUUCAUCAAAAGACACAUAUAGGUGAAAAACCUGAGAGUAGUAAAUAUGGGAAAGCUUUUGAUGAGAAUACCACCUCCAUUAAAUAUCAGAGAACUCCUAAGAAAGAGAAACCUUAUGAGUGCAGUAAAUGUGGAAAAAGCUUCAGGGGAAAAUCACAUCUCUCUGCUCAUCAGAGAAUUCAUACAGGAGAAAAACCCUAUGAAUGCAGCAUAUGUGGAAAGACUUUCAGUGGAAAAUCACACCUCUCUAUCCAUCAUAGAACUCAUACAGGAGAGAAACCUUAUGAAUGCAAAAGAUGUGGGAAAGCCUUUGGUGAGAAGUCAACUCUUAUUGUACAUCAGAGAACUCACACAGGAGAGAAGCCCUAUAAAUGCAGUGAAUGUGGGAAAGCUUUCAGUGAGAAGUCACCACUGAUUAAACAUCUGAGAAUUCAUACAGGAGAGAGACCCUAUGAAUGCAGUGACUGUGGGAAAGCAUUCAGUAGAAAGUCAACUCUCAUCAAACAUCAGAGAGUUCAUACAGGAGAAAAACCAUACAAAUGUAGUGAAUGUGGGAAAGCCUUCAGUGUGAAAUCAACUCUCAUUGUUCACCACAGAACUCAUACAGGAGAAAAACCUUAUGAAUGCAGGGACUGUGGUAAAGCCUUCAGUGGGAAGUCAACUCUCAUUAAACAUCAGAGAGGUCACCCAGGAGAUAAAAUUUAAUAUACUUGAGAGUGGGAUGAUUUCAGUGGUAA